AUGUUCAAGCUUUCCUUAGUCGCAGCGCUGUUAGCGGCAGCGGCAUGGACUGUCAACGCCCAGUGUGGCCGCACAUGCCGCUUCAGGAUCUGCGAGCUGAAUGGCAGUAGCCCUCCAGAAAUGCGUCCGAAAGGAGCUCAAAUUCUUCUUCGUGGGCCGGAUACUAGUCGUACUGGCUACAUCUGCCGCAACUUCCCGAAUGGCAGGACUCUGGGAGUUGUUGAGAGAACUGGAACUGCCACAGUUUCCAAGGACGGAAGGACUGAUGAGAUCGACGAGUAUGAGCCACCGAAUCUUUCACCGAAUUUCCCGGCAGACUACUUUCAGUUGCACAACAUCUUGUACGCACGUGGAUUACAAGGUAUUGGUCGCCAUGCUAGCAGCGGAAAUCAAGAGGAUUUCUUGGACGGGCUAUGUGUCACGCUUCCCAUUACGCGCUAUAACAUCGCAAACACAGAUGGAUCUGUGUACCGCACCAUCUCAACCAGCGAUCCGAGGGAUUGCGUUUCAUUCAAAACGAUCAACAAACCGGUGUUGGUUGAAGUGGCGUGGGAUUCUGCUGAUGACUUUGAUCUCUCUGUUCAGGGUCCCGAUGGUAGCGGCCGUCGAAUCAGAGACAACAACAUCGGCCGGUGCCAAGGCGGUCCUCCCCAAGGAAAGGAAGCGGUUGUCUUCGAUACUGCCAAGCCCGGAACUUACGAGAUCAAGCUCCUUCACUACAACAACUGCGGUGGGAGGACCAGAUUCACUGUUAAUGGUAUUGUCAACGGUGUGAGGGUCUUCCAGAGGAGAGGUCGCUCCAGUGUGGACGGAAGGAUUGUUCUCGAAGCUAGUUUCGAAGUCUAA